AUGGAACCACUAUAUGAACGUUUCCAAAAACAACACCCUCCAGUAUUUGAAGGUAGCAUUGACCCACUUGACGCACAAGACUGGAAGAGUUCUUUAGAAUACAUCUUUGAGUUUAUGCACCUAAGUGACAGGGAAAAGGUUUCUUGUGCUGCACAUACACUGAAAAAUGAUGCUAAGAUUUGGUGGGAAGUGGUUAAGAAGACUAGAGAAGUGAAUCAGAUGAAUUGGAUAGAAUUUGAACUGGUCUUCAAUGAAAAGUUUUAUAAUGAAGCUGUGUUGACUGCUAAAGUAACUGAGUUCUCUAGAUUACAACAAGGGAAUCUUUCAGUGGCUGAAUACGCUAGGACAUUUAACCGAUUAGCCAACUUUGCACCAUACAUGGUUAACACUGAAACUAGUAAAGUGAAUCGCUUCCUGGAGGUUCUGCAACAAGAAUUGGCUAGAGAUGUGGAUAUGGGACGUACAGGGCCUCUUUCUUAUGUUCAGGUUGUGGAGAAAGCUUUAAGAGCUGAACACAGAGAAUAA